AUGCCGACAAUUCGACAUUUGAAUAGUCUUGUUCACCCUAGAGGCAUCUAGUUAUCCGCAGAGAGCUAUAGUUAGUGGCAUCUACUACCCCCUCUGUUUUGGUUUGGUGUGAAACAGGUCCUAAAGACCAUAUCUAUCUACAGUAAUUUAAAUCACACUGCAUAUAAUCAGUACAUCGUUAACUUUGCCUUAGAAAAGGUGUUUAAUUUUUUGUAAAGUGAUUUUUUUUGGAUUUAAAGAAAUAAAUAGAAAUAAUGCCUUAUGCACAAGAAUCUAAUGAAAGCCCUGCCGUUGAGCAGAUGUGCAAAUCAGAAACAAUAAAGCUACGUAACAAACAUAUUGGCAAAGCAUGCCAGUUAUUUUAUAGAACAGAUCCACUUAAGAUUAUACGUGGCCAAGGUCAAUAUAUGUUUGACGAACAAGGUACUCGUUAUUUGGAUUGUAUCAAUAAUGUUGCGCAUGUUGGUCAUUGUCAUCCCAAAGUUGUUAAGGCUGGAAGCUCUCAAAUGGCAACACUUUCAACUAACAAUCGUUUCUUACACGAUGAAAUAGUUCAGUGUGCUAAAAAUUUGACCAACAAGUUGCCAUCAGAGUUAUCGGUUUGUUUCUUUGUGAACUCUGGCUCUGAAGCAAAUGAUUUGGCUUUGAGAUUGGCCAGAAAUCAUACCAAGAGGAAGGAUAUUAUUACUUUAGACCAUGCUUAUCAUGGUCAUCUUCAAUCGGUAAUGGAGAUCUCUCCCUACAAAUUCAAUCAACCAGGUGGCGAUAAGAAGCCUGACUUUGUUCAUGUAGCUGCUUGUCCAGACAUUUAUGGAGGAAAAUACCGCGAUAAAGAUCAUCCAAAUGAGGAUAUGGCUUCGGUUUAUGCUAAAGACAUCGAUACAAUUCUUGAAGGCUUGAGAGCACAGGGUAAAGGUGUUGCAGGAUUCAUUGCUGAAAGCUUACAAAGCUGUGGUGGUCAAAUUAUCCCUCCUGAUGGUUACUUCCAAAAGGUCUUUAACGCUGUUAGAGCCGCAGGAGGAGUCUGCAUUUUGGACGAAGUUCAAGUUGGUUUCGGACGUGUUGGUUCCCAUUAUUGGGCUUUUGAGAUGCAAAAUGUUGUCCCUGACAUUGUAACAGUAGCCAAGCCAAUGGGUAAUGGACAUCCAGUUGGAGCUGUUGUGACAACUCAAGAAAUUGCUGAUUCAUUUGCUGCCACAGGAGUAGCUUAUUUCAAUACUUAUGGAGGCAAUCCGGUAUCAUGUGCCAUUGCUAAUGCUGUUAUGGAUGUUAUUGAUGAAGAACAUUUAAAAGAAAAUGCUUUGAAAGUUGGCGAGUAUAUUCUCAAGAAAUGUGAAUCGCUCACCUAUGAAUAUGAUUGUGUUGGUGAUGUUCGUGGAACUGGACUUUUUGUUGGCAUUGAGCUGGUUAAAAGUAAGGCAAGUCGUGAAGCAGCUACUGAAGCAGCUCAUUGGGUUGUAAAUCGCAUGAAGAAUGUUCAUAAGAUUUUGGUCAGUUCGGAUGGUCCUCGUGACAAUGUUAUCAAGCUAAAGCCUCCAAUGGUGUUUAAUAUUGAAAAUGCUGAUGAAUUUUUAGUUGGCUUCAAGGAAUGUUUGUCAGAAUUGGAGAAAGAUCGAAGACCUGUUACAAAUGGAAAUGUUUCAAGUUGUAGUAUGCCGACAAAUGUUUUACACGAGAAACGGGAACAUUUAAUUAAGUCAGUUUAAGCAAAUUUAUAAAUAGCCUUUAUAAGGCCUAGUUUUAGGAAAUAUAGGUAGUCUUAGUUCUAGUAUCUAGAAUUUUAGUAUAGGUACCAUUAUUAUGGUAGGAAAUUAUUAUAUCGAAAAGUUUUGGAAAAAAAAAAAAUAAAUAAAAAAUAAUAAAUGAUCAUAUUUUUUUAGAUUCAUUAUAUAUUUUAAGUUCUAUACUUUUUUUUUUUUAAAUAUAAGCAUUUAAAUUUAUAAACAAUAAAUAUAUAACAUUGUUAA